GCUUAGAAGAUGGGCGAAUCUCCUUCUCCUGUACCUAAUAAUGAGAAGAGCGUUUUCGUCAAAAUGCAAAACAAGCUGCUGGGAGAUAAAGACAGUGCACAAAAAUCAAUUUUCUCGACACCAGAUGAGAGAGAGCCAGUCUAUUAUAAAUGUGGAGAUUCUUUAUACGACAUGUUAGUUUUGCUUGGACUGCUACUUGGUUCAUGCUUUUGGUCAAUCGAUAUGAUCAUGAAUCACUCAACAUUAUUGCCUGGUUUACUGCUUUCAUUUUAUACCAUGGUCAAGAUUGCCAUAUUUGUACUUGGUUACAUGUCUAUAAAAGGAACUAACAGACUGUUUUUUGCCAUAACAAUUUUGAUAGCAGGUGUUGCACUCGUAUUUGUAGUCUAUCUUUUUGCCAGAGCAUUUACGGAUUUCUUUGCUGAAAUAACUCUACACAAAAUCUUUGUGUUCAUUGUCCAUGCAGUCGAACUCCUAAGUAAGAAGGUUGAUUUAUUUGUCAGCGAGUAA